AUGCCAAAAGAACAAACAGUCCUUCAUCCCUCUCCAGAAGAGAAGAGGAAACACAAGAAGAAGCGCCUGGUGCAGAGCCCGAAUUCCUACUUCAUGGAUGUGAAAUGUCCAGGAUGCUACAAAAUCACCACGGUCUUCAGCCAUGCACAAACAGUAGUUUUAUGUGUUGGCUGCUCCACUGUUCUCUGUCAGCCUACAGGAGGAAAAGCAAGGCUUACAGAAGGAUGCUCUUUCAGACAGAAGCAGCAUUAA